AUGGGUGUCAAGAAGAAGGUCCGCAAGUUCGCCCAAGUCAAGCGUGCCAUCACCUUGAGGGACAGCCGAUUAAAACCUCAAGACGCGCAGAAAGACACCAAAAAGGAAGAUAAUGUGGUUCGAGAGAUACCUCAAGUUUCCUCCUCUCUUUUCUUCCAAUACAACACAGCCUUGACACCACCCUACUCCGUCCUGGUCGACACCAACUUCCUCUCUCACAGCGUACAACACAAACUAGAAGUAAUUCCCACCAUGAUGGACUGUCUCUACGCCAAGUGCAUCCCAGUCAUCACGGACUGUGUGCUGGCCGAAUUGGAAAAGCUCGGUCAAAAAUACCGACUGGCUCUGCGCAUCGCGAAGGAUCCUCGCUUUGAGCGGAUAAAAUGCGAUCAUCGCGGUACUUAUGCGGAUGAUUGUUUGGUGGACCGGGUCAUCAAGCACCGGAUCUAUAUUGUUGCGACGAAUGAUCGGGACUUGAAAAGACGGAUUCGUAAAAUUCCUGGUGUUCCUAUCAUGAACGUUGCUCGGGGGAAAUAUACUAUUGAACGUCUGCCCGAUGCUCCAGAAAAGUGA